AUGCCCGAAAUUCACGAUGACAAGGCCCAAUAUGUUGUGCCCUUCAUUCUCGCCCUUCUGGCUGAGCACCAAAAGGCAUUUUCAACGUCGUCGAAUCCACCACCCUUCUUCAUCGGCCUGAAUGGCGUCCAAGGGGCGGGGAAGACGGUCCUGGUGGACAUUCUCAAGACCACCUUGUCGUCUCCACCGCACAAUCUCUCCGUAGUGGUCUUCUCCCUCGACGACCUCUACCUGACGCACGCGGAUCAAGUGGCACUCGCACAGUCCCAUCCAGAUAACCCGCUCUUGCAACACCGAGGACAGCCCUCGACGCAUGACAUCCCCCUCGCGCUCUCGGUGUUCGCCAGUCUCAAGCAGAACAAGCCCACCAAAAUCCCGCAGUACAACAAGGCUGCGUUUUCGGGCCAGGGCGAUCGCGUCCCCGAGAGCGAGUGGGAAGAGGUCAACACGGACCCGUCGAAGCCGGUGCGGGUGGUCUUGUUUGAGGGGUGGUGCGUUGGGUUUCGCCCACUGGCCCAGGAACUACUGGAAUCCAAGCAUGCCGCCGCCGUUGCAGCCCUGGGGAACUCGACCGCCGACAACCCGUACCGGGGCCGCUUGGGACACAACACGCUGAAAUCAGUCAUGACCAUCAACGACGCCCUGAAACAGUAUGAUGAAAUAACCAUUCAGCUCGACGCAUUCGUCCACAUCGACGCCCUGGACCCUCAGUACGUGUACAAAUGGCGCUUGGAGCAGGAAGCCGGCCUCCGCGCCACGAGAGGGAGUGGGAUGACGGACGAACAGGUCAGGCAUUUUGUAGACGGCUACUAUCCCGCGUACGAGCUGUACACGGACACGUUGAGGCAGGGUGUGUUCAAGGGCAUCAAAAGCGAUUGGCAGGGCAAGCAGCUGCGAUUGGUGGUCGGGGAAGACCGCAAGGUGAGGGAGGUGGUGAAGAUAUGA